AUGGCUCAGUCUGAGGAGGACAAGGACUCCCAGUGGGAUGCUUGGGGCCCUUGGAGUGAGUGCUCUCGAACCUGUGGAGGAGGUGCUUCGUAUUCAUUGCGACGAUGCCUUAACAGCCGGAACUGUGAAGGGCGGAAUAUCCGAUACAGGACAUGCAGCAGUGUGACUUGCCCUCCGGAAGCUGGUGACUUUCGUGCCCAGCAAUGCUCGGCAUACAAUGAUGUAAAGUACCAGGGACAGUACCACGCUUGGCUUCCAGUGUACGAUCAUCCGGACAAGCCCUGUGCACUCAAGUGCCAGGCAAAGGGAACGACACUGGUUGUGGAGUUGGCACCGAAAGUACUGGAUGGUACACGAUGUUACACAGAAACACUGCACAUGUGCAUCAGUGGGAACUGUCGAGUUGUUGGCUGUGAUCACCAGCUGGGAAGCAGCGCCAAGGAAGAUAACUGCGGCGUCUGCAGUGGCGAUGGUUCCACAUGCAGGCUCGUCCGUGGACAGUACAAAUCUCAAGUGUCAGCGAACAAAUUGGAUGACACUGUCAUUGCUAUUCCAUAUGGAAGUCGGCACAUCAGGAUUGUGCUCAAAGGCCCGGACCAUCUGUAUUUGGAAACUAAGACCCUGCUUGGUCAGAAGGGAGAAAAUGACCUCAGUGUUCCUGGAGCCUUAAACAUUGAAAACACCAGUCUGGAGUAUCAGAAACUUCCAGAGAAAGAGAUACUGAGAACAAAUGGCCCUCUUGGUGCAGAUUUUACUGUUAAGAUACAAUAUGCAGGUACAGCGGACAGUUCAGUGCAAUAUCUCUUUUAUCAGCCCAUCAUCCAUCAGUGGAGGGAAACAGAUUUCUUUCCUUGCUCUGUGACCUGUAGUGGAGGGUACCAGUUGACGUCUGCUGAGUGUUAUGACUUGCGAAGCAGGCAAGUUGUGGCAGACCAGUACUGUCACUAUUACCCUGAAAACAUCAAGCCCAAGCCAAAACUGCAGGAGUGCAAUAUGGAUCCGUGUCCAGCAAGUGAUGGCUUCAAGCAGAUCAUCCCUUUUGACCACUACCAACCCCUUCCUCGAUGGGACAGCAGUCCCUGGACUUCCUGCUCCAGCUCCUGUGGUGGAGGUGUUCAGAUCCGCACUAUCUCCUGUGUGGAGGAAGACAUUAAUGGACAGAUAAACACAGUGGAGGAGUGGAAGUGCAUGUACACACACAAGUUUCCUGUCGUGCAGCCUUGUAACCUCUUUGACUGUCCAAAGUGGUUGACCCAGGAAUGGUCUCCGUGUACAGUGACAUGCGGACAAGGACUCAGAUACAGAGUGGUCCUUUGUAUUGACCACAGAGGACUGCAUGCGGGUGGAUGUAACUCUAAGAAAAAACCUCACAUCAAGGAAGAAUGCACCAUCCCUGUCCCAUGCUACAAACCAAAAGAGAAGCUGCCUGUGGAAGCUAAGCUGCCCUGGUAUAAGCAGGCCCAGGAACUGGAGGAAAUAGUGGCUGUGUCUGAGGAGCCUUCCUUUAUUCCAGAGCCAUGGCUCCCAUGCAGCACCACCUGUGGAGCGGGCACUCAGACUCGCAAGGUGAAAUGCCAAGUGCUCCUGUCCUUUUCUCAGUCAGUGGAGGACCUACCUGAUGAUGAGUGUGAUGGCAACAGACCCCAGACGGAACGGGCUUGCUAUACUGGACCGUGCGGUGGGGAAACAGUAGAAUAUGACCUUGCAGAGACAGAUCUAUUGUAUACCGCCCUGCAGGAUUUUGAUGAACUGUACGACUGGGAGUACAAGGGUUUCACAGAGUGCUCGGAGUCAUGUGCAGGAGGCGUUCAAGAGGCAGUUGUGGUUUGCCUGAACAAGCAAACCCGAGAGACUGUCAUCGAAAGUCUUUGUAUGAUCCACCGCCGUCCACCACAACUCCUGAAAGCCUGCAACCUGGAGCCUUGCCCACCGAGGUGGGAAGCUGGGAAGUGGAGCUCCUGCUCAGCCAGUUGUGGGGUCGGCCUGCAGACCAGGGAUGUGAUCUGUACACACCUGCUGUCUCGGGAGAGCAACGAGACCGUGGUCCUGGGUGAUGAGAGUUGCAUGCAGCCAAAGCCUGACCAUGUGCAAGCCUGCAAUCGCUUUGACUGCCUACCUGAUUGGCACUCAGAAGGAUGGCAAGAGUGUUCUCGCAGCUGUGGAGGUGGUGUUCAGGUGCAACAACUCCUGUGCAAACAGAGAAAGGCCGAUGGCAGCUUCUUGGAUCUAAGACAGGAAUUGUGCUCAUCCCCCAAACCGAAUACCCAGAAAAUCUGUGGGAUUGUAGACUGCCCUGCUGAAUGGUGGCCUCUUAAAUGGUUACAGUGCUCCAGGACCUGUGGUGAGGGCGUGCAGAGGCGUGACAUGGUGUGCACGAAAAUGCUCAAAGAUGGAGUUUCUAUCUCUGUGAAUUCCUCAGAUUGUUACAGUCUCCCUCGUCCUGCAAUGGUCAGGGCUUGCUCUGUAGCGCCUUGCACAAGGCAGAACAGGAAGGAAUACAAGCCCAUUUCAAGUGCGGGACCUCAUAUCCUGGCUCUUCGUAAAGUAUAUAUCCAGUUAAGGAAAGAGAAAAAGCUUCAAUUCACAAUCGGUGGGUAUGCGUACCUGCUCCCGAAAACUUCUGUGGUCAUCAGAUGUCCUGUCCGAAGGGUCAGAAAAUCAAUGAUAACAUGGCAGAAAGAUGGAAAACCUCUAUCAAGCUCAUCCCAUGUUAUGGUCACUCAUUUUGGUUACAUCAAGAUAAAUCGCCUGAAACCAGUAAACAUAGGCACCUAUACAUGCGUGGCGGGACCUGUACGUGAAAACUUUGUGAUCAAAUUAUUUGGAAGCAACAACAAACUGAUCGAAUUUCCAUCAUCAAAUAAACAGGAGGGAAUUAUUGGGAAAGGAAUCUUAAAUGAGGCAGUCAGCCCCAAAGAAAACGGCAGCAAGUCCAAUAAAAAUGGGUUCUUCCUUAACCACAACAACCCAUAUGACAGUAUUAUCCUGAAACUCCUUGAGAUGAAAGGUUGGUCCAGGGAUCGCCUGGAUUCAAGAGAGUCACAGGAAUCGAUCGAGAAGGAUUUCAUCUCUGAGGAGGAUCACAACCUGGAGGCUGUUGUUCCAUUAACAUAUACAAUAGAUCAAGAAAGACUAGAUGAAACUAUCAGGAUUCUGUCACAGCAAACCGAUGAGCUGAAGGAUGUGUAUGCUACUCGUUUCAUUGCACAGCUAAGCACUGAGAUUGCCGGAGGCCAGCUGGAUGGCAAUGAAUCCAAACCAAACACAGAUUCCACUUUAGUGGAAACUAUGUAUCAUAAAGCCACAAUUGCUGGUCAAGGAACACCAAAACUAUCCUCGGUGGACUUGCCCAGUUCUAAAGAAUUCAUUCACACAGCUAAGAUGCCAGUAAUUCUGCGGAAGACCAACGACAAAGGAUUUCCAUUGUCAGCAGAAGUGAUUGCUUAUGUGGGGCAAACGGUGCUGCUGGCUAGUUGGACACUAAGGCUCGUACUGAGGUGUGAAGCAGAAGGAAUCCCACAGCCUGUUGUCAGCUGGGCAAAGAAUGGACAAAUAUUGAAGUACAACAAUAGAAUAAAACUUCUUCCAGAUCAGGCCCUACAAAUUCUUGUGCCAAGUGAGUCCGAUGCUGGAAUCUACACGUGCAAGGCCACCAAUCCUGGUGGCUCAGAUUCUCUGUCCUCUACAGUUGUUGUCACAGCGAAGCCAGUAAUAAGAGGAUCCAAACAUGAUUUGGUGAACACUAAUUCAACGUCUAUCAGCGUGGACGUGGGGACUACUGUGAAGGCCAUCCUGGGAGCCAACAUCACUAUUAGAUGCCAAGGAGACGGUCUGCCUCAGCCCAGAAUCACCUGGACAAAAGACAAGAGCAGACUUCACACUAACACCAGCCAUUUUCAGAAUGGAUCCCUCGUGAUCCUCAAUGUCACCCUAAUCAAUCAGGGCCUCUACUCCUGUCAGGCAUCUAAUGCUCUUGGCCAAGCAAUAGAAACCACACGACUGCUGGUGAAAGAUCCCCCAAGAGAAUUUCCAGAAUCCAAAGAGUUGAAGGCAGCAUUUGCUGUUGCAGGAUACAACGUUCACACAGUGCUUGCUACAACUCGUGGAGCCAAGCAGGUGUUGAGCUCUGGAAACACUGUGCUGGUCGGUUGUCCUGUUAAAGGUCAUCCAACACCCAGCAUCAGAUGGUUGUUCAAUGGUAAAGCCUUAAACAGGGUAUCAGGACUGAAUCAUCAGAUUAUGGCUUCACACCAAGUCCUUCGUAUUGCGAGCAUCAGUAAAGGUCUUCAAGGAGAUUACAGCUGUACAGCUCAGAAUGAAGCUGGCUCCCUCACACAGAGGAUCACACUGGAGAUAGCAGAAUACAAGUGGCUGCUUGGUGGGAUGAUGCCCUGCUCUGCCCCAUGUGGAAACAAAGGGAUGCAGUUGACAAAACUGAAGUGUCUUCAAGACAACAACAUCGAGGUUGAAAGGUCUUACUGCAAAGAGAAGCCGAAACCACUCAUCCAUUCUGUGCCAUGUAAUGUAAAAGACUGUCCCCCAAGGUGGAUUACAACCACCUGGUCCCCCUGCACUGAGAGCUGCGGGGGAGGAUCUCAGAGCCGUCAAAUCAGUUGUCAGAGGGUGACCGCAGCCGGGAUACUUGUUGAUCUGUCAGACGACUUCUGUGCUAAUUUGGGAAGGAAGCCGAUGGACAUUCAAACCUGCAACAAGCAACACUGCUCAGAAUGGCUUGUCUCAAAAUGGGGGCAGUGCAAUGGCCAAUGUGUGGGACUCAGGCUGGGAACACAACACCGUAAUAUCCUCUGCCAGGCGCACAAUGGGACCAAGUUACCGUUUGACCAAUGCAGCAGGAACACAAGGCCAGUCAGUCUUCGGAAUUGUACCACAGAUGUUUGCAUCGUCCAUUGGGAAAGUAAUUCCUGGACCCCAUGUACAUCUUCCUGUGGGAAUUAUGGUUUCCAGUCCAGGCGAGUAGAAUGUGUACAUCUGGGCAGCAACAGGGUGGUGAGGGAACAGUUCUGCUUAUGGAAACAGCGACCAGCCAACUGGCAGCGGUGCAACAUUAUUCCAUGUGAAAAAUCGGAAUGCAGAGACACCACAAGAUACUGUGAAAUGGUGAAGCGGCUGAAACUGUGCCACCUCUCGCAAUACAAGCUACGCUGCUGUGAAUCCUGCAGAGACCUCUGAAGAAGAGAGCAGCAAGUCAGCAGGGAAUGAUUUUCCGAGGGGAAAAAUGACUAAAGGAUUUUGAAAUUUCGGAAAAAUAAAACACUAAAGGAUUCAUUUGUAUGACGGUUGGGAGAGAAAAUAAAAUUGUGUGUAGGGAUAAAAAACCGGCACCUUCCGACUUUGAUGCAGUAAAACUAUUACAAUAAUAACUUUAGAUUGUGUUACCUUUGUGCUUCAGAUGAAGGUUUCAGCCAUUCUAAUAUGUGCAUUUUGUGGCACAGACAGGACAAGGAUUGUAAAAGACCUGGAAGGAUGGUCCAUGUUCUAGAAUUAAUUAACUGUUCGCCUUCAUGUAUCAGAAGCCACCAUAUGUGUAUAAUGUACGUAUAACAUAUGCAUAGGGAGCUGGUUCCACUUUGGCUGCUUCGUGGGGAUUUCUGCUCAGACCUUUGUGCAAUGUAGUGAAGACUAACAGUACGAUGAACAAAGUGGUGCAUUGCUCGGGGCUUGAAAUGGAAGCCAGAAUCAAUGGACUUAAACAUGAUAAGGAGCUUUGGAUGUACAGCCUGUGUUUGACAGAAAGGAAUUGCAUUGCUAUUGAGGGAGGGAAGGGCAGUCUGCUACAAAUUGCUUUGUUCUACACCUAUCAUAGACCUGAAUCAUUUAGUCGUACAACUAAGUGUCUUCGGCUUUUGAUAUGUAAGGGUUAAUUUCUGAAUGAAAACACUAUUGUCCCUUAAAAAUAAAUCCCCUCCACAUCUUUCCUGUGAAAGGUACAUUGAAGAGCAAGUUGACAAUAAUCCAUUUUGGGAUCAGCGAAAAGUUGAGCAAGUAAGCAUAGUUCAGCCUGAAAACGAAUGGGAUAAUUUUAUGAUCCCAGAGGAAAUGUCUUCUGUCCAAAUGUAUCGUAUCUUGGAAAAUAUAGCCCAUCAUCCUGCAUUCUUCAGAUGGUUUAGCAAAAAACAGUUGGAUGCCUUACCAUUAUCUUGUGACUUAUCAUUCAUUAUACAUGACUUGUACCAGAAUUAGCUUCAGUGGUGGGCACUGCCUAUACUUACCCCUUGCAUAUGUUUAAAAACAACCCUUUAUAACUUGUGAUCUUUCUCUCCUUAUUUGAGAUGCUAUUUUGUUUUAUAGAUUUCAUGCCAGAUUAUGAAUGAUAAUGUACCCGAGCACCCAUGACAGCCCAUUAUUUAGUCUCCAACAAGUUCUGUACUGUUGUACUUAUUUUUUUGAAAAUUUCUCAGCUUCCCAAUAAGUUUUUAGCCAUUGCUGCAUUCUGCUCCACAACCAAGGGGGUGGGGGGAAAGGUGGAUGAAGUGGCUUUCUAGCCUCUCCCAAUGCUAUUUGGGAGGUUUGUGAUCAAUGCUCUGGGUUAAUUUGCCCCUCCAUUGAGCACCAUGUUCUUUAGAUGAUAUAGUUGAUCACAGUCACACCACUUUACAGUAUAUCCUGUGAAGCACUUUGA